CCCCACGACCCAACCGGCGCCCCUGCCCCCAACGCGAUCUUGACUGCCCCACACCACUGAAUCCCUCGCCGCCAACCCCUUCCUCGGAUCCCCAUGCCGCCGCGCGCCUUCCCGGAGAACCUCGCCGCCGCGCGCCUUCCCGGAGAACACCGUCACUGCGCGCCCUCCCCGGAGACCCCGCUAUCGCGCCCCUUCCCUGCGCGCCUCCGGCGUCCCACUGCCGCAUUCCCGCCAUGGCCGCGCGCGGCUCAGCGCCACAACCGUCGCCGGCGGAGAUCCAGCAGAGGUCCACCAGCUCCACGACCUCCACCUCCCAACCCCCGCCUACCCGCCGCCCCACCCAGCGCGUCGCCCUCUGCACUCUGCCACCACAUUCCCUGCGCCGCCGCCGGUGGGCAGAGCUUGGACGGGAUCCGAGCCUUCUUUCGACCGCACGCGCCUUCAACGCCAAAAAAUGUAGUUGUCGUCCCGCCUUCCUACCCUGUCUGCGGACCCACCUUCCUCCUCCGGCCGGGCGUCGGCGCCCCACCUUCGUCCUCCGGUCGGGCGCACUGCUCGUCUGUUGCUGCCCCACAACUUCCUCCGUCGCCUGCGUCCCCCGCCACCAGGAGCCACCUCCCAAAUCCAUGGUGACACCCCUCCACUCCGGCCUCGCUCUUGGGCCUGUGACCCUGCCUAUCCGCCGCUUAGGCGCAGUUGACUCCCCAGCCAUCCCGCUUUGGCGAGCCAGCGCCUCAUCGACCUCAAUCGCCUCCCACCCUUGCUCCCUAGUUCCCGCGCUGCACAGGCUAGAGCAGACGAAGAAGGAGAAGACGUUGAUGCAAUGGUUCAGAUGCAGAGAAAUCUCAGUACAGAAAAGAGAAGUGCGUUGAUUUGUUGCACACAACCUGUUUGCUCUUAUGCCCAAGCAACAAAAAGAAAUGAAAAACUAUUGAUGGAUGUGUCUUGGUAUUGUUGGUUGUGGGGGAAGGAGUACUGCUGAUGCUGCUCCAUCUCUCUUCGGUUGGUGUUUGUUUCCCACACCAUGUUUGUGUUAAUGCUUGGAAGGGUGAUGUUGGAUAGAGUACCGAACUAUGUAUAGUUAGUGAAAUUUUUAGCCCCUCCCAGUUGCCACGUAUCUCUCUCUCUACACUGAACUCUCUUGGGGAGGCUUUGAACUUCUUGGAAGUUGCACUAAAGUUAUCUGCAAAAGUAGUUUUUGUGCUUAGCUUUUGGAAAAAAUGUUGUUUGAGGCCACUUUUAUAUGUGAUGGAUCAAUUGGUUUAAGCAGUGCUGAACUAUA